GGGCAAGUAUAUCUAGAAAGUUUGAUUCCUAUAAUUCAAAAAAAAACAAACAAACAAGAAUGCAGUUGUGAGAUAAAAUAAAAUGAGACAGCUUGUUGACAGAGCAAACGGAAUGAAGAUGCCUCUUAAACCUUAUCCUGCCAAAGUUGACUCGAUUCAUCAAUUCUUUUUUUUUUGUUCCUGUGAUUAUGCUUACCUGCAGGAACUGACUCACUCACUACAUCCAUUGAUAAAGUCCAAACUACGCCACAGUUUUUCAAAUAGUAACGAAAGAAAAUUGAUAGUAAUAAUUAUAUUCUGAGCCAUAUGUUCACAACGAAUAAACAUUUCGCAUUGUAUUGAGAAUUGAUCUUCACUUUAAAAGAAAAAAUUCUAAAAAAACAUAUUGAAACCAGGUUGAAAAUGCCAGCAACUAGAGCAGUCAACAAAACUUUUAAGGACGUUACCGAAGAACAACGAGCAGGUAACCAUUACGCAAGACUUGUACCAGGACAAACCAUUGUAGAAAUCCCUGAGUACCAAUUAGAAUGUGGAGAAACGCUUAAAAAUUUUCCUGUUGCAUACAAGACGUGGGGUCGUCUCAACGAAAGAGCUGACAAUGUCCUUUUGAUUUGCCAUGCUCUUACUGGGUCAUCGGAUGUGCAAGAUUGGUGGGGUCCAUUAUUGGGUACCAACAAGACAUUUGAUCCACUGAGAUUCUUUGUGAUUUGCAUCAACUUUUUGGGUUCUCCAUAUGGAUCAUGUUCUCCAGUUUCUAUUGAUAAGGCUACCGGGAAACCUUACGGCCCACUGUUCCCAUUGGUGACAGUUAAGGAUGAUAUCGGGAUUCAAAAGUUGAUUUUAGACUCGUUGGAGGUGAAAAGUAUUGCCAGUGUUAUUGGUGGAUCCAUGGGUGGGAUGAUUGCAUUGGAAUAUUCAGCUACAUACAACGAUUCCGAUUAUGUACGUUCCGUCAUAGCCCUUGCCACAUCAGCAAGAGCUUCUGCAUGGUGUAUUCUGUGGAAUGAGACGCAAAGACAAUGUAUUUUCAGUGAUCCAAAUUAUGAUGAAGGUUACUAUUUCGAAAACCCUCUGGGUGUAACACCCAAGUCAGGAUUGAGCGCUGCAAGAAUGACAGCCUUAUUAACGUAUCGUUCGAGAAACUCUUUUGAAACUAGAUUCGGUAGAAAGCUUCCUAGCACUCUGAGUAUCCCACCAAAGGAAACCAUUUGGUAUCCAAAGACAAAAGAUGAAGAAAAUUGGUUGUUACACAACGAGGGUACUCGUUGUACCGAUAAGGAUUCAUCAAAGAAGAGUUCACCUUCAUUAACGUCAUCACCUAGAAACUCGCUGUCCGAUAAGCCACAAACUUAUUUCACCGCUCAAUCUUACUUGAGAUACCAAGGAACUAAGUUUGUGAAUCGUUUCGAUGCCAACUGUUAUAUCCUGAUUUCAAGGAAACUCGAUACUCAUGAUAUCACCCGUAAUAGAGUGGAAUCUUCGGGCAUUGAAGGUACUCCACAGGAUCCAUUACCACCAUUUUUGAGUACCCUUCAAAAGCCUCAUCUUGUGGUUGGAAUCCAAUCAGAUGGUCUUUUCACAUAUUCCGAGCAACAAGUUCUUGGUGAACACAUUCCAAAUGCAAUCUUGAAGGAAUUGGAUUCACCUGAGGGUCAUGAUGCAUUCCUUCUUGAAUUUGAAAUUGUGGAUAAUUAUUGUACAGAGUUUUUGAAACUGAAUCUUCCAGAAUUAUUUGAUAUUGAUGAAAAGGAUCUUUUCAAUGAUUGGGAAGAUUACGUUGUUUCUACUGACAAUGGAGGAGAAUCUGUUUUCGGUGAAGCUGAAAAGAAUAUCACCAAUUGGUAGUACAAAUUAGCAUAUAUAUAUAUACGAUAUAGAAAGAACCUUGAAUAUAGACUGAGACACUA